CCUAUCUAUCGCGUCCUCUGCUCUCGUCAAUCCAUCUUCCUACUUCUUUCCUGUGACGACAACAACGACGACAGUACAACGGUACUUCAUGAGUUACAAUGUGCCUUAACAACAGCUCCCUUAAACUAUGUGGCGACUCCAUCUCCUACUACGCCUCCAAGCCCAAGAAGCAACGCGGCUUCCGCUGGUGCGUUCGCACUCGAGCCACCAUCCUCUUCCAACUUUAUUGCCGCCGCCAUCUCCCCUCCGAUGCCGAUCAGAACCCAUUCAAGAACGAGCUGAUACCCUGCCUUCGUGUCAAGUGUAACAUCCUCGCCCACGAACCGGCUUGGGCAUUUGUUGUUCCGUACUUUGACAGUCUUGUGCGCCACUACGCGACAAAAUGGGUCACUGAGGCCCGCAAUGGGUCGCUUGUCACUUGGUGCCAGGUCUCGGGCUGGCAAUGGGACGAGAACAAGACGUCCGGCUGGGUCGGUGUUGAUGCAGUUGAGGCGUGGAUGCGCCGGGAGCUGAGGAAGACGGAUUGGUGGCAAAGAGGUAGGGCCCAUGACAAACGGCUUGGUUUGCUUGUCUAAUAACGACCGUUACGCGAGCAGCACCACAAUCCGCUGGACAACCCGACGAGGCCCUCGUGAACCGACUAAGCA